CGCGGCCCGGCCCAGCGGUGCUGCCGACCUCGGCCAAGCACAGCUCGGGACCAGCGCCUUUGUCCCUGCCGUUGUUGCCUCCGCCGGCCCCAUGGAGCACGUGAGUCCGGUCCUGCUGUCGCCGCUGCUGCUGCUCAGCAGUCUGUCGCUGCUGGUGGCCCAAGGGGAGGCAGAUCUCCUCAUGGAGGCCUGCUGUACAGAUGGACACCAGAUGGCCACUCAGCACCGGGACUGCUCGCUCCCGUAUGCCACGGAAUCCAAGGAAUGCAGGAUGGUCCAGGAGCAGUGUUGCCACAACCAGCUGGAGGAGCUGUACUGCACCACUGGCAUCAACCUGGCCAACGAGCAGGACGGCUGCGCCGCGCCCCGUGGUGACAACACCAGCCUGGAGGCCAUGUUCGUGAAGAGGUGCUGCCACUGCUGCCUGCUAGGCCGUGAGGCCCAGGCCCAGGCCCAGAGCUGCGAGCCGAACCUCAUGCUGGGCUACCAGUGCGGGCUGGUGUUCCGUGCCUGCUGCGUCCGGGGCCAGGAGAGCACGGAGCUGGCCCCCGGAGACGUCGGGGACCCCCAGGAAAAUGCUAAGAUUGCUGUGGCUGAGGAGGAGCAGGAAGACCCCUACCUGAAUGACCGCUGUCGAGGUGGAGGGCCCUGCAAGCAGCAGUGCCGGGACACGGGGAACGAGGUGGUCUGCUCGUGCUUUGUGGGCUAUCAGCUGAUGUCAGAUGGCGUCUCCUGCGAAGACGUCAAUGAAUGCAUCACAGGCAGCCACAGCUGCCGACUUGGAGAGACCUGCAUCAAUACCGUGGGCUCUUUCCGCUGCCAGCGAGAGAGUAGCUGCGGCACUGGCUAUGAGCUCACGGAGGACAAUGACUGCAAAGAUAUUGACGAGUGUGAGAAUGGUAUUCAUAACUGCCCCCCCGAUUUUAUCUGUCAGAAUACUCUGGGAUCCUUCCGUUGCAGACCCAAGCUGCACUGCAAGAGCGGCUUUAUACAAGAUGCGCUAGGCACCUGUAUUGAUAUCAAUGAGUGCUUAAGUAUCAGCGCUCCGUGCCCUGUCGGGCAGACAUGCAUCAAUACAGAAGGCUCCUACACUUGCCAGAAGAACGUGCCCAACUGUGGCCGUGGCUACCAUCUCAAUGAGGAGGGGACUCGUUGUGUCGACGUGGACGAGUGUGCACCCCCUGCUGAGCCCUGCGGGCCGGGGCACCGCUGCCUCAACUCCCCCGGCAGCUUCCGCUGCGACUGCAAGGCCGGCUACUACUUCGAUGGCAUCAGCAGGACAUGCGUGGACAUCAACGAGUGCCAGCGCUACCCCGGGCACCUGUGUGGCCACAAGUGUGAGAACACACCGGGCUCCUACCACUGCAGCUGCUCCGUGGGCUUCCGACUGUCUGUGGAUGGCCGCUCGUGUGAAGACGUCAACGAGUGCCUUAGCAGCCCCUGCAGCCAGGAAUGCGCCAACGUCUAUGGCUCCUACCAGUGCUACUGCCGGCGUGGCUAUCAGCUCAGCGACCUGGACGGGGUCACAUGCGAAGACAUCGACGAGUGUGCCCUGCCCACUGGGGGCCACAUCUGCUCCUACCGCUGCAUCAACAUCCCCGGGAGCUUCCAGUGCAGCUGCCCCUCGGCCGGCUACCGGCUGGCGCCCAACGGCCGCAACUGCCAGGAUAUCGAUGAAUGCGUGACCGGCAUCCAUAACUGCUCUGUCAACGAGACCUGCUUCAACAUCCAGGGCGGCUUCCGCUGCCUGUCCUUCGAGUGCCCCAAGAACUACCGCCGCUCCGGAGACACGCUCCGCCAGGAGAAGACAGAUACCGUCCGCUGCAUCCGGUCCUGCCGCCCGAACGACGCGGCCUGUGUCCGGGACCCGGUGCACACCAUCUCUCACACUGUCAUCUCACUGCCCACCUUCAGAGAGUUCUCCCGCCCUGAAGAGAUCAUCUUCCUGCGGGCCGUCACGCCGCUGUACCCCGCCAACCAGGCCGACAUCAUCUUCGACAUCACGGAGGGGAACCUUCGAGACUCCUUUGACAUCAUUAAGCGCUACAUGGACGGCAUGACUGUGGGUGUUGUGCGCCAGGUGCGGCCCAUUGUGGGCCCGUUCCACGCUGUCCUGAAGCUGGAAAUGAACUACGUGGUCGGGGGUGUGGUCUCCCACAGAAACAUCGUCAACGUGCACAUCUUUGUGUCCGAGUACUGGUUCUGAAGGCAGGGCCACAGCACAGCCAAGGGGCAGCCCCGGGCUAAGUCACAGCUGCCGGGUUCCGCCACCCUUCUGCACCACUCAGGCAGCACGUAAUGCCAUGUAUUGGUUUGUAGCCUUAGGCCCAGGUGAUUGCACAGAGCCGGGGGACCCAGCCAGCUAAUGUAUCUGAUGUCUAACUAUUUCGUCCAGUCACUCAGCUGUUUGGUUGAAAACCUUGUUAUUUUUUUAAUGCACAGGCUAAAUAGUGUUCCCUUCUCUGCCUGUGGGAUGGGCUUUGUCCACAGGCCCAAGCAAAGGCACAGUUUCAGAGGGG